CGUAUAUGCGACGCCACCCUACUUCGUUGUCAGAAUUUCUCACAGCUUCUUUGACGUGCUUGCGGUGCGAUCCUCGUACUCGUCUCCCUCCACCUUCGUUUGCCUGCGUUACGCAUCAAUCGGAAGUGGCCUCGAACUAUGGCGGCGUGGGCUGCUGCUGCUCGCCAAGCCGCGACUUCAGCUCGGCUUUCUUCUCUGAAACCAUCUGCUCCUUGUCCGACGCCUGGAGCUGCUACUCUGAUUCAUCGGCGCGGUCUGGCCAGCGGUGGAGAACACCAUGGACAGCCGAAGGUGAACUUUUGGGAGGACCCACUGAGUCCUUCUAAAUGGAAAGAGGAACAUUUCGUAAUUGUCUCCGUAACUGGGUGGGGGUUACUCUUCUAUGGGGGCUACAAGUAUUUUACAAGAGGAAAGAAUGACAAGAAGGAAGAGGCUAAAGAAUCUUCACCCUGAGGUCUGAAUCGUCGCACAGAGGACGUGAUUGCAGUGAAUGCUCUUUCAUAAGCUCCGAUAUGUAGAGAGAAGCCUGUACUUUCAUGUGAUGGUGAACUUUUCAAUUCAGGGUGUUCUAACUUGUACAUGACUGGAAUAAGACAAGGAUGAAUAGAUUAUGGGUGGUAGCAUCAACCUCUUUUGCUGUU